GUCUUGGCAUUUUACAUUUUCUAAAAAUUGUGUGAAAAUAACUAAGUCAACACGACUGAAUAUCUUAGUCAGUAGUUUUUCUCGAAGACACCAAUAUUAUUCUUGUAUCUUCAGACGGACUCAAUUUAAGUUUGCUGAGAAAACAAUGAGUAGCUUGGUACAUAAUUGCCAUUUUCUGGUUUAGGUCCUUUCUUAGAGAAUGGAUUUCAUGUACUCCUCCAUGCACUUUAGGUGAUUUUUAUCAUAACUGCACACUAAGGGAACUAUUCUUGCAAUAUUAGGGAAGCCUUUCUAAAUGAUGAUGGAAAUGGAUUUGGAGGGAGGCACUCCUGGUUCAGCUGCUUCCAAGCCUUUGAAAUCAUUUGCAGAACAUGUUCGCGUGCAUCAUUCAUUGUAAUGCCUUGAUGUUCCUUCAAGUAGCAAUCCACAGAAGAUCCAUCUUGGCCAUCUUGAUUCUCAUCCUACAAGUCAUCCCAGAGUCGAAGAAUUGUUGCCGUGGACGAUAUUAUGCCUGGGUUGUUGUUUACUAACUCCACAUUUUCCAUGGUAAUACCUCGACCCAACAGAAAGAAAAUGUGUACCAGCACCUCAUGCACUCCUGAGCUGAUGAUCCCGUUCUUCAAGUACUCCUCAGGCUCUGGGUUCUCCCCUGCAGCAAACCAUUUUGCUUCAACCAGAAAUGCAUUGCAUAAACUUGCCCACCAUAUGAGGAAAUCAACUCGCGAGCUAUUUUGUGAAUGUUUAUUAAAUCUCUUGAUAACAUGGACUGCAAUUGAUACGCACCGUAUUAGGUUCCAUCCGUGCUUCUUGGACACCUUGUUACUAAUUUCAUUAGUUAUCUUAUCAAGAGCCUCGAAACAUAUCUUCAUGCAGUCCGGCAGUUGGUUCAUGUAUGUAUGAUGUCAUCUAUGUACGCAAGGAAAUGGAUCAAUAAGUUAAAGAAAAGUAUUUUGCGGUC